AUGAGUUCUGACAGCAGGAGCCCAAUGAGAAGCAGGAGUAGAAGCAGGAGCCCUAUGGACCGCAAGAUCCGAUCUGACCGCUUUUCAUAUCGUGGUGCCGGUGCACCUUACCGACGAGAAGCUCGACGGGCUUCCAGUCAGGGAAACCUCUGCAAGAACUGCAAACGGCCGGGUCAUUUUGCUAGGGAAUGCCCAAAUGUUGCCAUCUGUCACAACUGUGGUCUUCCAGGGCACAUUGCAUCGGAGUGCACCACAAAAUCACUCUGCUGGAACUGCCGAGAACCAGGGCACAUGGCUAGCGACUGCCCGAACGAGGGCAUCUGCCACACGUGUGGCAAGGCUGGACAUCGUGCUAGAGACUGCACAGCUCCUCAACUGCCACCUGGUGACCUGAGACUGUGCAACAACUGCUACAAGCAGGGCCACAUUGCUGCAGAUUGUACGAACGACAAGGCGUGCAACAACUGCAGGAAGACCGGCCACCUGGCACGCGACUGUCCCAACGAGCCUGUCUGCAACACGUGCAACGUCUCGGGACACGUGGCUAGGCAGUGCCCCAAAGCCACCGCCGGUGCAGGCAUCCACCGCGGCGGCGGUGGUGUGAGAGGGGGCAGUUUCCACGACGUGAUGUGCAGGAACUGCCACCAGUACGGACACAUGAGCAGGGACUGCAUGGGCCCGCUGAUGAUCUGUCACAACUGUGGCGGGCGAGGCCAUCGUGCCAUCGAGUGUCCUUCCGGAAGGAUGGUCGACCGCUAUCCUCCAAGGAGUAGGUAUUACUAG